AUGAGCACGAUCGAGAAGCCCAAGACACGACUCCUCCUUGCCCAGCGAGACCCGCCUCAGCAUAGCCGAAAUCAAGAACGACGGAGUUUGCGAAGCCAAGCCGACGCAUCCGACAGAGAGCGAUACUUCGCAGACCAUGGCUUUCCUGUACCUGGAGCCCAUGGCAGAGCUCACACAACACCAUUCCCCAUCCCUGAGGAUCCCUUCGUCUCCGCCACCUCAAGUCAUCGGAACAACUAUACAACCCACAUGCAGACGCGAAACAGCACGAUAGACACUCACCCCGGACCAAACGCCUUGAUCACCAAUAUGAGGAUCGCAAGGAACAACGCCAUAAGACAAAUCAUGAGCUCAGCCUACACCCUCCACUACGAACUCGACCCCAAUCACAGACCCUUCACCUCAUCACCUUCUGGCACAAGCAGACCAAACCCCUGGAGCGCUUCCACGCAUUACUGGAAGAACUGGAAGAGGAACUGGAUAGGAUCGCUCCAUUACUCCUUGAAGUGA